GGUGAGAGAGGGAUGUGAGACGCUCCGUUGCCGGUCGUGCCAGUCUCGCUUGUGUUGCUUACAUUUGGCUUCUGCUGCUCAAAAGUUCAUUGUAUUUUAAUGAGUUCGAGUGACCAGUGAGUCAUUAUUGUGAUUUAGAAUUUACUGAUUUAUUUGGGAUUUAUAUCAGCGUGCCAGUGUUUAUUUUCAUGGAAUUAGGCAAGAAUUUAAGUUGUGCUACUAAGUUAGGUUGAGGAUAAGGUGCAAGAUCGACAUGAGUGAUACUCGGCAAAAUAUGGCACAGUGUACGUUGAUAUGAGUGCCGUUAUUGAGCUCCAUGAUUCUUCUGCACCAGCGUCCAACGUUAUUUAUGUCUCCUAAGGAAUUGUCCUCCGUAGACCUCCGCUGUAGUAUGUCUGCCUCCACCUGUCCACCGCUGUCCACCAACACCCCCACCACCACGUCCACCAACAGCAACAGUAGCAACAGCAACAGCAAUAACAGCAGCACAACAGGCCCCGUUGCAGCGCAGCAACAGUACUGUUUGAAAUGGAACAACCACCAGAGCAACCUGUUGAGGGCCUUCGACCGCCUCCUCCACUCCGAGGCCUUCACUGACGUUACCCUCGCCGCCGAGGGCAGGUCCCUCAGGGCGCACAAGGUGGUGCUGUCAGCAUGCAGCUCGUACUUCGAGACGCUGUUCGAGGAGCAUCCUGACAAGGCUCCCAUCAUCAUCCUGAAGGACAUGCGCUUCACGCACGUCGCGCAGCUCGUCAACUUCAUGUACAGGGGCGAGAUCAACAUCACGCAGGACAUGCUGGCCGGUCUCCUGAAGACCGCUGAGACCCUCAAAGUCAAGGGUCUGGCCGAGGUGUCUGGCAACGCCCCCGCCUCCCCAACCGACAACAACGACAACAACAACACCACGUCCCCCCAACCCACGGGGCUGCAACCCCCCUUCCCCCCCGCGGCAGCCCCCAACUCUGCAGCUGCGGUGCAUGCAGCGGCUGCAGCUGCAGCUGCUGCAGUGUCUGCAGCGUCUAUUGCGUACAGGAUGGGGACCGCCAGCAGCCCCGGUGGAGGGUCUCACUCGUCCGUCCUGAACGCAGCCCUGAGUGGGGGGCAGCCCACCGCCCCCCCGUCCCUAGCCCCCCUCGCUGCCCUCCUCGCCCCCCAAGGGCUGGACGCGGACGAGCAGCGGGUGAACCUCCUCAAGCGGAUGGCCAACAACAACAACAACAGCGACUGCCACGACCUCAAGCCCAUGGAGCCCCUGAGCAAACUUCCCCGUAGGGAUGACCUCCCCAACCUGGGCAGCAACUCCAACUCCCCGCCCCUGCACCGCCAGCAGCACUACCUGCACGCCUCCCCACCCCACCGCCACCAGUCCCCUAGCACGAGCAGCCUGCUGCAGCACUCAGCACACUUCCUGAGCGGGGUGGGCGUCCCCCGACCCCCCACCCUCCCCUCCAAGUCCAACAGUCCCCACCACGUCCCCGGCCUUACCCCCCUCCCCAAGGAGCUCACAGUCAACGCUCAGCACGAGCUCCCUGAGUUCUUGCGAGGGUACAUGGUCUUCAAGCUGAACGACUACCUAGGCUUCAGAACGCGGCAGCAGUUCUGGGAGGAAGACGCCGUGCGUCGCAUCAUGGAGGGCAUCAAAAACAAGGAAAUUGACAUGAAGACGGCCGCUGAACUGCUGGGGGUGUCCUACGGCACACUUUACGGCAGAUACAGAGAAGUGUUUGGAUACCUCAAGCACUCAUGGGUCAACAAGGGUGGCAGGGGGAGCGUGUCGGGCAGUAAGGAGCCCCGCAGCAUCUGGGAGGAGAGUCGGGCCCAGGAGCUUAUCCUUGCGGUACUCAAUAAAGAAUUAAGCUUAACUGCCGCCGCCGUCAGGCUCGGCGUCGACACCAACACCUUCUUUGCUCAUCUCACUGAUAACGGCAAAAAUAAGCAACGCGUUGCUCAGUUGAUGGCCGGGCCCCUACCUAACGCCCCCAAGAAUCCCUUGUUGUCCCUUGGCCCUCCAGGGAGCAUGAUGUCUGAACAAACUGCUAGUUUGCUAAGCGAACACGCUGCUAACCUGCUCGCCGAACACCACAAAAACCUCGAACUCGCGUCCCAAAACGAACAUUCUUUACUCGAAACACCUCACAGAACCAUUGACCUGAUGUCUCCCGAGAACACCCCCAGCGCCAACGUCUCCGACAAUGAAGAGGAAGAUCUCGAAGACGAGGAAUAUCCUAAUGAAGAUCCUCGAGAUUUUCGUGAUCCACAAGUGGAAGCGGAGGAUCUUGUGGCUAGGGAUUUGUCCAUGAACUGUGGUGUUGAUUUGUCGCAACAUUCAGAAGGUGAGAGCAACAGUCGGGCAUCGGUUGAUGAGGAGACCGCAGACCUCAACGACUCGACGGCACUCAUGACGCAAUAUGAGCAGGCCGAGCACCUCAACAACGGCGGGGUGAAGGACGAGCAAGACGAGGAGGAGGUUGAAGUCGGAGAAGAGACUAUGGAAUCUGAGAGAGAAGAAGCGCCGGUGGACGAGAUCGCUGGCGACCUCAUGGAGAGUAUGGAAGUGGCGGAGGCUGAAGAAGCUUCACAAGUGGCGCAGGAAAACGCGUCUUCCGAAGCCAUCUUCCCUCCAGCGCUCACUGAGCCUGAGACUGCGGCGCACUGAACCGGUAACGACAGUUCACUGAGCCUGAAGCUGUGGCACCCUGAGUCAUGACAUCAGCUAGUUGAACGACAAGUGAUACAAGUUUUCAAUUGUUUUGUUGAUGCACUGUGACUAAGUUGGUGCAGUUUUGAUGGUGUUGCAAAAGAUGUUAGGUGGUGUAGCAUGACACUUUUGUAGGUGACAUAAUGGCAGUUUCACAACUGUUUUGUCCAACCAAAAUAGAUCUUGCAACCGCUUAUCAAAUCGCCGGACCUCAAUGCAACAACGACUUUAGUGUGACACUCGGUGAUAGUUACAAAAAUUUUGCCGCGAUGUCCAAGUGAUGUUUUUCCUGUUUAGUCAUUAUAAGUCGGAAUAGGGAAGAGCUUAACGAUGAUAUGAGAACAGAGAGCAGUGAGUUUGUUACAAGAUUCAACUGGUGGACAUGAGUGUGAGUGUAUUCCAAUGGAACAAUGUGCAACAAUGUUGCACGUCAGGGAAAUGACAGGAGAUCGGAGCUGAACAUUUCGAGUGAACAAUCGUCGGCCGUCUGCGUUGGUCACUUUGCGUCGACGGAGAUGAAAGACGACCGGUUUUACGCGUCUCAUUUUGGCAAGACUUAGCUUUACGGUGCCUCAAUAUAUUUGUUUCUCUACGAUAAGUUGCUAGGUAUGGUAAUUUGCAGCCUCUUGAGGCUCUACCUUACACACGUGACACACACGUCACCUCCACUCGGCCCCCACACUCGCUUGACGCACCAGUAACAUGUUCCUCUCACACACGACGCACCGCUAACUAGUUCACUACUGAUUCAUACCUGCUAUUGGGUAUUGCAAGUCCACGGUCGCUUGUAAGUUAAAUUCAUAAGUCUUAGCUUAUAGACAUUCACGUAGUUGCUCGUGGCAGUCCACGUAGCCCCACGCGGCAAUUCACGUAGCUCCACUUAGUGGUUCAUUCAGCCCCACGUCACAGUCACGUCUCGUUGGUAAACAAAACAAAUUCAGAAGCAGACACUCGUCUUAUUUAUUUAUAAUUAUGGAGAUCGUUGGGGAGAUCCUGACGUCAAGUUACCAACAUGUAUUUGUUCUACGUUCAACUUUCUACGAACAAAAGUCUGUAGGAUUAAGGGAGAGUUAUCGCAAUAGAUUAUCUAAGGCUUAUUCUUAUCACUGGUGCUGCCUUAUCUUCUCGUUUCUUUCUAUAGUUUUCGUGUUCUUGCCGCUCGAGCAACGGUCAAGCCUAAGCGGGCUCAAACCCAUUACCCUUUAAUUCCUACUCCCGGAGCAGCGGCUAUACAGGGUUCUCCAAAUCCUUAGAACCCUUAACCCCCUUAUCGAUGAGGAUAGAAGUGAGGCACUGGGGAACAGAAAUACGUAAAAUACGGGAAAUAUUAAUGUAGUUCCCUUGUCUUGUGAUCAGCGAUUUGUGACCUCCAACAGCCCACUUCGGGGACCUCUGCUCUAGGAGGUUGCGCGGCUCGUUAUCUAGAGGAGCAUGCUAGGUGAGAGCGUAGUUCUUGUUGUAGAUUAUUUACUUUAAUUUGUUCUUGCAAUAAUCGUUGAUAGUCGUAUGUGUUAAUCGCUACAGCCUUUUUGCGGCUGCUGCCCUCUUAGCUUCUGACCACCAGACUGUGCUGCGGUCAUACGUUCUGCGAGUACAGCAACUUCAAUGCCGUGAGUACUGCGAACGUCGUAAGUGGUACGUUUGUCGUAACGUAACCACCAAAUCUCGAAGGCUGGCGUCUGAGCUGUAUGCUCAUUCCCCGGGACUUCAUCUCGUGAACUUACGACAUCACAAGUACUUACGAGCAACAGGCGUUAGCCUUUUCAUUCAUUUCAUUCAUUGCCUUGACAUUCAUUGGAGGUACCGUUCCGUGGUACCGCAACCCAAGACAAACCUAACCGGCUCGUUGCGUUCUCUGUCGCUCACAAUUUGCUAUUAUAACUAUUUGUUUACUUAUCUAUUUACGCAAUUUUCUAACCUUAUUUGUAGUUUUUAAAUUACUUUUUCACACAUUUUAAUAUAAGAUUUGCUUUGCAGUUCCACCUUCUGGAUUGUGGUGGUCGAAGUUGUCAAGCUUCUCAAGAUAACAGUUAGGUUAAGACCAGUUGUUAUCUCUAGACUGGAAAAAAGCUGUAAAAUUUCUAAAUUGAUUUAAAUUAAUCACUCGAAUUUAUU